GCUAGGAGUGGAAGGGGGUUAUGUAGGGCUAGUUUAGGCUUUGCUAAAGUGCCAGUGUCCAAUCACCCAUUGGUCUACGAUUAACCAUUUCCUGUGAUGUACUCCAAGAAAAAAAGUUCUUAUCUUUUUCAAACUAGAUAUCUUUGGGUGACAUUUGGCUGUUGGAGACUGCGCAAUGGGAGGUUUCCUGUAUCACAGUGCCUGUGUGGUAAGAAAAGGGAGGGGACAAGGCAAAGAGAGGAACUGAUGUACAUGCAGAAACCACAGGCUGUGACACAUUAAAGUAGUGUUAAGUAGAAAGAACACAGUGAGAGGGAUGACAACAAAAAAUCGGAAUGCUAGACAGUGAGAAAUGGGUGGAUGGGAUCUGAGACAGCCUGUGUGGAAGUAGGAGAAGCUAGAUAAGUUGUGACAACCAGUCAGGAGAUCAUGGACAACCGUGAGGGGAAAACCCUCGAACGCUUGAUGGAUGGAGCACUGGUCACGUGGAUCCGAACCUUUGAGCAAAAUCGAGCAUUAGAAUAUGGACCUUUAUCUCCUCUCAGAGAUCCAGUUAGAGAAUAUAUGCAACUGACGGGAGGUGGAACACUGCACUACAUUAUGAGUUUUGUUGAUUCACGCUCAUACCAUGGAAAUGUGGAUCUGCACAGCCUCAAACUGAGAUUACGAUCAUACUACCAGGAUUUGCUCCAUCAGAUGAUAUUGAUGCCACUCCCAGAUACACACCUUAUAGUCCAGGAUCCAGUGUCAGAUGUUUCCCUACAAGAAAUGGAAAAGCUGAUUUCACUUAUAUUAGGAGCUGCUGUUCAGGGUGAAGGUCGAGAAGAAAUAAUUGGUACAAUAAGGAGUCUACAUUUGGAUUUUCAGACAAAGCUUGCUGAAAAAAUUCAGGAGAUUACACAAGACCCUCAUAAGAUAUUGUCUUUGCCUGGGUCAGAACUGUCUGACCUCUCAACCUUUGACCUGGAAGAGCUGGUCCGUUUACUCUCUGCUCACCUGAGAGACAUCCUGAAGCAGAGAGAUGAUGCUCUCGAGCGGCUGUCCAUAAUGCGAUGUGACCAGCAAAACAGGCCCAGUGAUACCAAAGUACAAGGUGUAUCCAAAACAGUUCUAUCUGAUCCUAACACUUGGCAGAAUCACUCUUUGCACAUUGCUGAUCUACAGAGCAAACUUCGACGUGUGCGUCAAGAACAGGAGGAGAAGUCGGAGGAAUUACUGGACAGUCAGCAGCAGGUGCAGUUACUGGAAGUAGAGCUGAGAAAAGUACAUCAGCAGGUUCGGGAACUUUCGCAAACGGCUGCUCUCUCUCGUAGUUACCGUGAUGAGCUUGAUGCAUUAAGAGAGCGCUCACGACGUUCUGAGACACAAGUGAGCACUCUCACAGAGAGGCUACGCAUUAUGGAUUUUUAUCAGCGAUCCCUUCAGGAAGAGAAAGAGUUCUCUAGGAGUCUGUUGGAAGAUAAAGAGGUAUUAGAACAUCAACUAGCUGCUGAAAGAGAACGUUCUGAGAGACUGCGCAUGUGCGAAAGAGAAAAGCACUCACUAGAAGAGAGAAUCAAACGAUUAGAAAUGGAAAGAGAUACAGAGUGCCAGCGAAUGCAGUGUCUACUCCAGGACAACUUAACUCUGGCUGAGGAGAUUCGAGAACUUAGGCAAGAGGCAACUCAAGGCUGGGAGAGAGAUUAUGAGGCUGAUACAGACACCAUCUCAAAGUGGGAGAGAGAAAACUUGACUAUCAGAGGAAAAGCCUGGGUCAAGCAAGAGCCAGAAAAAGAAUUUUUAGACUUGAGCUCAGAACUCUCCCAGGCUCUGCUGCGACUGGAGAAAGAAAAUCAUAUCCUAAGAGAGAGGUUGCAGGUACUGACAGGAGGAAAUGUAGAAACUGAAAGCAUGGUACAAUAUCAUACGGGGCAGAAGGAGCUCAUGGGUCAGGUCUUGAAAAACGUACAAGCCUCAUGUGUCCGGGAGGAGCCAGAAGGUGGCAGUUUAGUGGAUAAAGAUCAUCAACAUGGAGAUGGAGAUAUAAAUCAAAAUGAAAAGACGAUUCCCAAAAGUAUUUCUGUAGAGUUGCAGUCCCAAAAAACAGAAGAAAAACAAUCAAAUGCACAUUUGGAAGCCAUUGCAAAGAAGGACAUUACAGAGAAAAAACAUGAAGACAAUGUGCAGCUGAUUGAAAAGCAGUUGGAGGAAAGCACUGUAGACAAUAAGAAUUCUGAGGAGAUCCAGUAUUUAAAGACACAGCUCGAACUGAGUAAUGUAGAGCAGAGAUCACUAAAGGUACAGCUGGAAUCUAAUAUUGAAGAGGUGCAAAAAUUUAAAACACAACUGGAGCUAAGCACUGGAGAGGUAAAGUCACUACUGACUCAACUAGACCAGACAAAUAAAGAUAAGCAAUCUUUAACAACACAGCUGGAAUCAAAAUUAGAAGAGAUACAAAUACUAAAGACAAAUUUUGAAUUAAGCAUUGGAGAUAUUCAUUCAUUAAAUGAACAACUGAAAUUGACUGCAAAUGAAGUUCAAUCUGAAAAGAAACAAUCAGAACAAAAAGCUAAUGAAGUUCUGUCAUUAAAGGCAGAGCUGGAACAGAGUAAUGGACAGGUGCACUCACUGAAGACACAGUUGGAAGUGAGUACUAGUGAGGUGCAUUCACUAAAGACACAACUUGAGUUCAGUGCUAUAGAGUUGCAAUCAUUGAAAGCACGAUCUGAACUAAAUGCUCAGGAGAUACUCUCACUGAAGACACAACUGGAGUUAAGCACUCAAGAGGUACAAUCACUAAAGCCACAGUUAGAACUAAGCACCCAAGAAGUACACUCUAUGAAGACACAGUUGGAAUUAAGUUCUAGAGAGGUACAUUCUUUAGGUACCAAAGUAGAACUGGGUGCACAUGAGAUACAGACACUUAGAAAACAGAUGCAGGAGAAAGAAAUAGAAAAUUCCGUCCAUCAGAAACAUAUUCAAGAGAAAUCUUUAGAGAAUCAGUUAUUAAAGAAGCAAAUACAUGACCUGAAAGAAUCACAUUCAUUGAAACAGCACCUUCAAGAGAGUUCUGAGGAGAUACUCUCUUUAAAAAAGCAUGUAGAAGCAAGCACAAGAGAUAUGCAGUCUAUAAAGCUGCAUCUUCAAGAACGAGAGGACCACUCGAUUAGGAAGCAGUGUGAAGAUACUGCAAUGGAAGUUGAGUCAUUAAGAAGGCAUCUUGAAGAGAGAACUAUAGAGGUACAAACUGUUAGAAGUAACUGGCAUCAAAGGGAAGAAGUAGAACAGUUAUUGAAGAAACAGUUGGAAGAGAGAUCAGGAGAAAUACAGCUACUUAGGAAAAACUUAGAAAAUAGGGAAGAGUUAGAACAGCUUGUAAAGGGACAACUAGAGGAGAGAACAGGUGAAUUACAAACCCUAAAGAAAGGCUUGGAGAAAAGGGAAAAAAUAGAACAUUAUAUAAAGAAGCAGUUAGAUGAGAAAAGUAAAGAGGUACAGGAACUGAAACGAACCUUGGACAAAAGAGAGCAAUUAGAAAAGUUAGUGGAAAGACAGCUGGAAGAAAAGAAAGGUGAAGUGCAAAUGCUUAAGAGAAGCCUGGAAAGGGGCGAAGAAAUUGAAGAGCUUCUGAAAAAUCAAUUGGAAGUUAAGGUUAAGGAGGCUCAAGAGUUAAAAGAAAACCUGGCAAAAGAGGAAGAAAGAGGGCAGCUGGCAAACAGGCAAUUGGUAGAGAAAAUAGUUGAGGUGCAAGAACUCAAACAAAACUUGAUAAAAAGGGAUGAAUUGGAGCAGGUAAUGAAAAGACAGCUCGAAGAGAGAACAGGAGAGGUACAGGAACUCAAAAGAAACAUAGAGAAGAUAGAGGGCAUAGAGCAAUUAGUGAAAAGGCAGCUGGAAGAAAGUAAUAUUACCAUCCACUUUCUUCAGAAACAGUUGCAAGACACUACCAGCGAAGAGCAGUUACUAAAAAGACAGCUAGAGGAGAACGAAAGAGAAAAGCAAUCCCAAUACAGAGAACUGGAAGAAAAUUCAGAUAAAAUGACGUCCUUACAGAGACAGCUACAGGAGAAAGAUGCAUCAAUACAACUUUUAAAGAGACAGUUUAUAGACUUAGAAGAAAAAUAUAUGCAGCAAAUAAAAGACCCUGCAGUUGAAAAUAAUGAUUUGCAAGCUCCAACAGCAGAGUCAACUUCACUUAAGCAACAACUCCAUGAGAUGUCUGAGCAAAUAGUGAGUCUGAAGAGCCAAAUUCAGAUUGCAGCUGAGAAAGAAGAAAGUUUAUUACGAAAGAUAAAAAACAGUGAAGCUGACAUACAAUCUCUUCAGACACAGCUUCAGGAUAGAGAGGAGGAAAUUCAGUCUUUGGGGAGAAAGUUAAAUGAGAGCGUUGGAAAACAGCAGUCCAUGCAAAGAAAACUAGAAGAGAGUGACUGGGAGUUGCAACUGCUAAAACGACAUCUGGAAGAAAAUGAAGGAAGGAGAAAGGUCCAGCUGAGACAGAUGGAAGAAGAUGCAAGAGAAAGACAAGCAUGCAAGAUAAAAUUGCAAGAGAAUGCUGAAGAAAUACAAACCUUAAAACUACAAUUGAAAGAGAAGGCGACUUCUGAAACUGCCCUUAACAAACAGAUUCAGGAGAAGUCAGAAGAAGUAGAUUCCUUGAAUAAACAGCUUCAAAAAUGUUUAGAAGAAACCGAGUCACAAAAAAGACAUCUGGAGGAGAGAAGUGGGGAGAACUUUUUGCUUCACAGACGCUUGGAGGAAAGGGAACAGUCACUUAAGAGACAGCUUGAGGAGAACAUUGCUGAACUUCAGUUCCUCAGGCGACAGUUAAAAGAGUUUGCUGAGCAGGAGCACUCAUGGAAAAUCCAGCUUGAAGAACAUGAACGAGAGAAGCUGUCAUUGAAAAGGCGCUUGGAUGAGAGCAAUAACCAAUCAAUGGAAAGAAGUUUAAAUGACAAUGAACAGAUCCAGCAGCUUAAGAAGCAGUUGGAUGGAAUAAUUAGAAACAAAGAAUCCCUUUCUAGGCAGACUAAUGAAAGUAAUGAGCAGUUGCAGAAUACAGAGUUGCAUCAACAGGUACAACAAAAAGAUGAACAAUCUCAAAGUCUCCUAAAGCAGCUUCAGUUGAGCACUGAAGAAGCAGAAAGUUCCCAGAGACAAGUUAAAGAAAAAGAAGGAGAAAUGCAAUUACUAAGAAAACAGUUGGAAGAAUACACAGGAAAGGAGGAAGCCUUGAUAAAAGAUCUCAAAGUAAAAGAAAAAUCAGAGCAGUCACUGAAGGUUAAACUAGAUGAAAGCAUUAAACUGGCAGAACUUCUGCAGAAACAACUGUAUGAAAGUUCUGAAGAUGUUCAGUCUCUUAAAAGAAAAUUAGAACAUAGAACGGGAGAAAAGACAACACACAAGAGAAAAAUUGAAAACAAAACGGAGAGCUCCAGUCAAAGCACAGAACCAAGGAAGAAAAACCAAGAGGAACAAGUAAACCAACUGCUUGGUGGUGGAAAGCAAUACAAAACAAAUGAACACGUUAAAGAAAACAGUGUUUAUAUAGCUGCAUCCUCUGAGUCUUCUUCUAAUCUCAAAUUUUUGUGGACCACGAGUUCUGUUCCUUUGUUCCCAGUGUUUUCUCCAUCUACUCCAGUGGCAUCUCCAGCCUCUGAACUUGCCGUUUCCAUUCCUUCAUCACCAUCAGCAACAACAACUAUGUCAGGACAAUCUCCUGUAUCAACCACAACACCACUUCAAAUGACUCCAUCUGAUACGUUUGAAUCUCUACCUCUUGUAAAACCCGCUUCUGAAACUAUCCAAGCAGCUACUGAGUCCCCUCUGUCAUUGCUUCUGCUGGAAUUGCAUAGUGUGCGCAGAGAGAGGUCAGAACUUCAGGGACGUUAUGACUCUCUCCUCAGAGACCUACAGAGACAAGAAGGGGAGCUAGAACGUAUGCAAAGAGAGCUGCGUAAAGGCCGAAGUGCUAUGAGGCUGCUGAAGCAAGAACAGCGGGACCUACAAGACAGGUUUUCUCAGCUUUCUAUAGAAAAGGAACAAGCACAGCAGGAACAUCAACGGAAACUGCAAGAGCAAUUGGACAAGGUGCAUGAGAUGAAGAUUGAACAUCAUAAACUUCAGGAAGAGCAAAAUAGGCUCCAGGUGGAACUGUCACACUUAGAGAAGAUUUCUAAUGAAAAGACAUCAGAGCUGAGAGAACUAAAGAGGGAGCUAGGAGCUGUCAAGAGACAGAGCGAACAACUUGAAAGAGAGCGUAUGGAACUAAAAGAGUUUGUACAGCGAAUGGAGAUCAGUAAUUCAGUGCUAACCGAGCAGUGUCAGGUAUUAUCCCAGGUGAAAUUGUCUCUUCAAGAUCAGAAUAAUAUCUUGCUGUCUCAGAUUAACUCUCUAUCGCACGAUAACCGCGAUUUAUUAGAGCGCAGUCUGGAGAGCGGAGCUUUAAGACAAGAGGAGGAGAGGCAAUUCCGAGAAAAGCUGACAGAGCUUAAGCACGAAAAGCAAAAACUGCUUGAUAAGAUUAUGGAUCAGUACCGAGUAUUAGAACCAGCUCCCGCAAUACAAAGUCAUAGGAGAGGUAACUGGAUUGCAGAUAAAAUGAAGAGGCUCCUGAAGAAUAAGGACAGACCUUCAAAGGGAGCUGGAGAAGCCUCUCGUUUUCUUAAACCUCCUACUGAUGUAGAGCCAGAAAGUCCUUCUAAAGGUGAGGUAACUCUCCGUCGCAGUAAAAGUUCUGUCAGCGUGGACAGUCAGGCAUUUCACAUGACACCCCCUCGGUUUCGCCGUGCUAAAUUAAGUUCCACAAUUCGCAGCACUGAAUCGUUUAAUGAAGGGGACACUACUCCUCGCGAUAAAUUCCGUCUGAGGCGCAAAGCACAGCUUGUGGAGGGUGAAGGGGAGGACACGGCAUCUGAGAGACGGAGGCAAAGCAAAGGAGAAGAGUCUGCAGAGGAGAGGUUACCUGCUGGAACAAAUCACACCUAAGAAAGCACUGUGUACAUGGUGUACAAUGAGACGUUGAGGCUGUGUAAAUGUAUACAUGUUUCUUUCCAGAUAAAGAGAAAACCCCCAAAACUUAAAAAAGGGGGAAAAAACACAAAGCAUAACAGAGAUUGUGCUGAAUUUCAUAAGUUACUUUUCUGUUAGACUUCAAAAUGUUUUUAAAAAUCCACAGCAAAUUUCUAACCUUAUUUUCCCACUUCGCUGAACAUAGCUGAAAAGAACAGAGCAAAAAUCACCAAAGCAAUAUCUACAAAAAAUCCAUCAACAGAAAUGCGUGUAGAGGUACCCUCGUAGAGGCUGCUAAGUGAUGUGGCCCAUCUGUCACCCUGCCCAGCCUGGCAUUCACUUCCCAGUCACUUUUGAGACAAUGAACACUCCAUGUGAUUGUUUUGUAUUUUUAUUGAGGGAUUUGCACUUUGGGAUAGGGAUAAUUGGGAUGCCCAGUAGAACAAGCAAUUGGUUGAUUGUAUAUAUGGCCACUCCAGUUUCCUCCAG